AAGGCUUCCUGCAGCCCUUUGCCAGCGGAAAUGGAGCUCGGGGAGGCUGUGUGUGGCACGCCCGGGUUAAGUUUUUGCUGGCAGGGGCUGCAGGAAGCCUUCGCGGCUGAAAACGGAGCCCGGGCAGACCAUGCGCAGCCUCCCCGAGCUCCAUUUUCGCUGGCAGAGGGCUGCAGGAGGCCAUCACAGCGGAAACGGGGCCUGGGAGGGCCGUGCGCAGAUACCCCGCAGGCCAGUCCUUCGCUCUUUGCGGAGCAGCUCCACGGGCCGGAGUUCGACAGCCCUGCCCUAGCUGCUUGUCUCAGCUUACCAGGCUCAUGGAACGCAAUCCAAGGGCCGCAGGAAUUCUGGUGGAACACAGGUGUAGAAUGCGCUAGGGCGAAAUGCAAAUGGUAUGAAGAAACCAGGGCAAAAGAAUGGUAGCAGAGGAAUGGUAGCAGAACUCCACUCCAGGAGCUGUUGAAAAGGCGAGAUGCCCUCCAAAAUAACCUGUGAGAGAAGCUCCCCUGUUGUGACCAGAGGCCUUCAACGGAGGAGAACUUCACAGCAGCCCCAGUCUGAAUCAACGAUGGAAAACAUCGAAGGGGGUUUCCAUCCAGCUACACCCUGGCAGCCAGAGGCCACCCAGAUGCAGCAAGAGAUCCCAGGGGCCGAGCCAGGCAAUGUUGGAGAAGGCUUCUUCAGCACUGACGAAGAGGGGGCAGAAGGACCAGAUGAAAGCCUGGACAGGCAAGUGGCUGAGAUGUCAGAAGAGGAGUGCCGAGCAGCGCUGGCCUCCCUCCUGAAGACAAGGGCAGCGGCCAGAAAGAGGCCUGAGGAGGCAGCACCAGAGAUGCCUGCCAUCCCGGUAAGGACUCCCCUGCCUGAUCUCUCCAAGAUGGCGCCUGCCGCCAGAGAGACUGCCCCCCCACCCAGUUUCCCGCCAAACAAAAUGGCCGCCAGGCCACUUCCGGAGGCAACUUCCUCCAAGAUGGCUGCUCCCCUGGGCACUUUGCCAGCACCACGAGCCAGGCCAUCCCCAGCCCCACAGCCCAGGCCUACAACGCCAGCCAGUCAGUUCAGCCUUCCAGCGGCCCAGAGGACCACUCCGAACCCACAAGCCCCUCGCCAGGCCCUGCCUGCCAUGGCAAAUAUCAAAGAGGCCAUAGAGGCCCUGGUCGCUGCCCUGGAACUUAUGGAGCAACCACCCACUGGCCCCCCCGAGGCCCCAGACCCAGCUGCCCACUCAAGGAGGGCCCCAAAUCCAACCUCCCACCCCCGGAGGAACCCAGAUGGACCUGCAGCCUCCCACCCCCCACUGCAGAGGCGCUCACCAUUCACUGAAUGCUCCAGGGAGGCCCCGGCUGAGGCCUCCGCACCUUUCCGGCCCUGCUGGGAUGAUCCGGAGCUGCAAUCCUGCUCCUCUGAUGGAGAAGAGGAGAUCCAGAGACAUUUCCAGGCCUACCCAGCCCAUGGACCUCAUCUGAUGGGCCUCCAGUCUCCUGAAAGAUCUCCAGGCCUUCUCCCCACUCCUCCAAGGCUUCCCCACCACAUCGCUGAUGUCCGGGCCUAUUCUGAGGCUCCAGCCAGACCUGACUUCAGAGCUCAGAGAGGGAGAUCGGAGCUCCAACAAGAAAAGGCUUUGGAGCAUGCUCCAUUUCCUGCACGUGCCCAGUUGCUUCAAACUACAGAAGGACUACAAAAAGGAGCCAGACCUAAGCAAUCGAUCCCAGGCUUAGGGAUCCCAAUGCCAUUCACAACAGGCUCUUUUCAGCCAUUUGAACAACUCCCCAUGCAGUUUAAUGGCAAUAAUUUUGUAACUUUGCCAAAUAAUUUUGAAAAACUACAUUUAAGUGGUCAGAAUUUUAAAAAAUGGUGUAAAGAGAUUCAGAUAAUUCUCUUAAGAGAAAAUACUCUGGACAUGAUCAAAAGACCACCCCCUUUACCUUGGAGCCCUGAAAUUGAGUUCCUGCAUAAAAGAGCUUACACAACCCUGUUAAGUUCUAUAGACACAGCUCUUUAUGCCAGUCUUUCAGACGGCCUCACAGCUCAGGAAGUUUGGACUGCCCUAUAUAAUUUGUUCCAUAGUGACAAUAUGGCUGCAACCAGCAGAUUGUCAAGAAGGUUCCACAACUAUAAACUCAAACCUGGUGUCAAAAUGGGGGAACAUUUGGCAAUGCUUAAAGCCAUGAGGGAUGAGCUUAUACAGAGGGGGGAGCCUGUUUCUGAAUCCACUUUAAUUAGUGUGAUGUUGAACUCCCUAGACAAAUCCUGGAGUCCCUUUAUUAUUUCUCUAGAAGGGGUUUCUAGGGAACAAAGAAAUAUAGAAUACUUUUCUGGCCGCUUUAUUGAGGAAGAUUUAAGGCGCAGAGAUGAGGAACAACAAGAAAUGAAGGAGGCAUAUCACAGGCCUAGGCCUCAGAGGAGGCGCCAGGACACAAGUGAAAGGAUUAAUACCCUUCCCACCUGCUUUGACUGUGGCAUGCAAGGUCACUUUAAAAGGGAGUGCCCUCGCUCUAGGGCCAACACGGCUGGACUUAAGCACAAUAAAAAUAAAAGAGGCCGUGGAAGAGGGGGAGGUGGUCAUAAAGGAUACCAAUUCUGUAGUGUCACUAGUGACAACCACAUCUCCCAGAUAAAGGAUGCUGAGGGGCUGUGGCUCCUUGAUUCAGGUGCAUCAACGCAUAUAGCCAACACAAACCAACAAUUUAAGGUUUUACACCCACUCAAGUCCUCAGUAAAAGUUGCCACUGGGGACAAGGCAGAGGUAACUGGGGAAGGCGUGAUCAAUGUGCCUGGUAUAGGAGAUGUCACAGGGGCACUGUAUGUUCCCUCAAUCAAGAACAACCUUUUAAGCAUCUUAAAAUUGACUGAGGAUAAAAAUGUAAAACUGGUUUUUGAGAAGGGUGGAGGUUAUGUUUUCAAAAAUGGGGGUGUUGUUGGCGAUAUUGUAAAAAUCAGCAAUUUGCCUUAUUUUUCCCCAAAAGCACAGGUCAAAAGGCACAAGAAACCUAACAAGAGGGCUCAGGGAGCUAACGCCCAGAUAGAGCAGAAAGCUUCUGUGCCAGCCCCAGGUUGUCCAAACUCAAGGACCCUGGACCUAAAACCAAUGAAGCUUUUAAACCAGCUCCUAGGACAUCCAAAGCCAUUAAGGCUGAGCCCAUUAAGGUCACAACUCCUCAGCCAACCCUGA